AAGGGAGAGCCAAGGGAGCGAAAGGAACUCGCGCGCAGGAGGAAAUGGCGCCAAGCUCGCGCGCGCCAAUCUCCCGCCUUCUUCUCCCUCUAUUUCCCCACCCCGCGCUCCUCCGCCCCCCCAAUCCUCCCAGUCCCCCCCAUCCAACCCUACCCUAGCCUACCUCGGCUCAGCCACCAGCGCCAGAUCUGCCUACCCCCAUGGCCUCCGACGCCUCCGCCCCCGUCCCCGUCCCCGCCGCCGCCGCAGCCGUGCCCAAGCGCCGCGGCAGCUACAACUGCGGCCGGUGCGGGCUCCCCAAGAAGGGCCACGUCUGCUCCGUCCCCGGGGCCGGCGGCAAGGCGGGGGAGGCCCCCCCGCCGCCGCCGCCGCAGCAGCAGCAGAACAAGCCCCGGCGCGCUUUGCAGUUCGACGACCCGGCGGCGGAGGGGGAGGCGGAGGCGGUGGUGGUGGUGCUGGACGCGGCGCCGGUAGCGAUGGCGGCGGCGCCGCUGCUCCCGCCUCCGCCGCCGGCGGCGGGGAGGAAGAGGCCGAGGGUGGAGGCGGCGGCGGCGGUGGACGUGGAGGGGGAAGGGGAGGAGGCGGCGGACUCGGACUCUGGGUGGGUCGAGCUCGGCGCGGGGCGGCGCGCGCCCGGGGAGGUGGUGCUGGAGGUGCUGCGUCGGAUGGCCCCCCGCGGCGUGGCGGCGGCGGCCGGGGUCAGCCGCGGCUGGCGGGAGUGCGCGCGACGCGUGUGGCGAGGGGCCGAGGAGGUCCGGCUCCGCGCCGCCUCCGUCAGGCCCGUCGGCGCGCUCAUGGCGCGGUGCCCGUCGCUGGCGAGGCUCGUGCUCCGAAUGGACAGCGAUGUUGAUGCCACAAUGAUCGCAUGCGUGGCAUUUUCCUGCCCUAAUUUACAAACCCUGGAUAUUAGCAUGGCUAAUAGUGCAGUCAACAGGAUAUCUGGGGAUGAGCUAUCUAGGUUUGUUUCAGAGAAGCGAUCGCUCUCAGUUCUUAAAUUAGAUGGCUGUAGCAGUCUCGGUUUUCUGAAUAUUAGCUCUUCAAGCCUUUCAACCCUUUGGCUAUCAGGUCUUUGUUCCCUUACCAAAGCGGUCAUGAACUGCCCUAAUUUGAAUGAGCUCUCACUGGACUUUCCCAAACAAAAUAAUGAUUCUACCGAUCUGGUUGCUCUAAUGGAUAGUCUGGGCCGGACCUGCCCAAACUUGAGAAACAUGCACAUCUCAUCGAUUCGCUUAUGCAAUGAAGCUGUGUUUGCUCUAGAGAGUGCUAAUCUCAGGGGCCUGUGCAUGCUGUCUUUGGUUCUCGGUUCAAAAAUAACAGAUGCAGCUGUUGCAUCUAUUGUUCGUUCUUAUGCAAGCUUGGAGUUGCUUGAUUUAAGCGGGUCUAGCAUUACUGACAAUGGGCUUGGGAUGAUCUGCAAUGCAUUCCCUAACACCCUAACCCGCCUCCUCAUGGCUUUGUGCCCAAACAUCACUUCAUCUGGGGUCCAGGUGGCUGCAGCACAAUUGCCACUCCUUCGACUCAUGGACUGUGGCAGGAGCAUAUGUGCUAAACCCCAGCCUGAAGAUGGGAGAUCAUACUUCGGCGAUCUAACUGGGGGGAUCAAAUUCUGCUCUAAAUUGCCUACCCAGAAAAAGCAGCAGCCUAGUUACCAGAAGCUGAUCAUAAAGCACAGCAGUCUGAAGAAACUCAGCCUCUGGGGCUGCUCAGCGAUCGAGGCCCUGUAUGUGAAUUGCCCGGAGCUGGUUGAUCUGAACCUCAACUCCUGCACGAAUCUCCAUCCAGAACGGCUCCUGAUCCAGUGCCCGAAGCUGAAAGACGUGCACGUCAAUGGGUGCCGUGACAUGCUGAUCGGCGCGAUCAGGAACCAGGUCCUGAACGAGUUCGCUGCGGCAGAGCCCCGGCUGCCCUGCAAGCGGCUGGCGGAUGGGUCGAAGCGCGUGCACGUCCCCCACUUCAUGAUAGAACAGUUGGAGGAGCAGGAGAAAUGGGGCAGGCCGCGGAAGAGCCAGUGCACCGUUCACCUCACCUAGGUGGUUCAGCCAGCCGGCGAUCCUCGCCGGCGGUCGUCUCCGUGGGAGAAGCAGUGUAGAGCAAGCCUCUGCCUCCCUAGACUUUGUAUGUUCCAUCUAGUGUGUAUUUGUAGUUGUAGUACUAUUAUUCAUGCUGUCGAAUUCUCUCGCGUGUUAAACCUGUGGAGUCUGUAGAACAAUAACUGUGUGCAAGCAGGCCCUGCUGUACUCUCAAACCAUUUUGUCCAUCCAGGACAAUAAUUGCUAUGCUUUCCAUCACCAGAUUGCUUGCAA